AUGUAUCUUCCAUUUGUCAUAUCGCCGUUUCUUAUACAAUGUUUCGUGUGUGCAACUGUAUCUAUGAAUGUGCUAAGUAAUGGUUGCGCAUAUGGCUUCCCUGCGGUGCUGCUGCCACAACUCAAACUACCAGAUUCUCUCAUACCUCUGACCAAGGCCCAGGAGUCAUGGAUAGCUUCAAUUAUCACCAUAGCGAUGUUAGUGGGUAAUUUAUCCAUGCCAUUGAUACUGGAUAAAUUGGGUCGAAAAAAGGCGCAUUUCUUGAUCAAUAUACCGGCUGUUGUAGGAUGGCUUCUGAUAAUAUUUGCAAACAACGUUCAGAUUAUUCUACUUGCAAGACUGAUGCACGGACUAUCAUUUGGGCAAAUGGUACCUCUACGAGCUGUCGUUAUAGGAGAGUACUCAAGUCCUAAAAACCGCGGGGCAUUCCUAACAACAACUACAGUUGCACAAACACUUGGCAUGUUUUUAGUGCAUUUGAUAGGAUCGCUGAUACACUGGAAGAUGACCGCUCUCAUCUGUGUCUCAUUCACUUUAAUCAGCUUUAUCAUGACAUUUUUUCUACCAGAAUCCCCGAGUUGGCUCGCAAGUAAAGGGAAAUAUGAUGAAUGUAAACAACAUUUCCAUAAACUUAGAGGCGAUCAGGAAGAAGCCGAGCUAAACGAGCUCAUCCAAGCCAGAAUGGAGCACAAUGCGACAAAAACUGUCAUAAAUUUUAAAAACAGCGUGGAGAUUGUACGUAAAGUAGAAUUUUAUAAGCCCAUUCUUCUAUUCUUGCAUGUCACGUUACUGGUGUAUGUGGCUGGUGGGAUGAAUUUAGCAGUUUACGGGGUAGCUAUUGUGGGGCUCAUUAUGGGUCCGGGCGUUGAUGCGAAUUUCUGGCUGGUAGAGAUAGAUAUAUUACGUAUAAUCACUAAUAUACUGGCUGUUUACUUCAUGAAGAUGUGUUUGCGUCGCACCGUGGCGUUUAGCACUGGUGUCCUGUGCUUAAUUGCACACGUCGCUGUAGUUGCCCAUGUCAUUAUGAUAAAACAAGGCAUUACCUUAUUUGACUACAUAUGGAUACCAGCUUUACUACUGAAUCUUCAAUGUUUCGCUGUAUCCGCAGGAGUAUUACCAAUAAUGUGCGUAAUUGCUGGGGAAAUAUUUCCUUUGGCUUACCGCAGCAUCGGUAUAAGCUUUGGGACCGCUAUAGCGACGCUUUUCCACUUUCUAAUAUUAAAGACCUUCCCCUACCUCACAUCUUCAGUGGGUAUUGAAGGUGUGUACGGAAUAUAUGGGAGUGUGAUUUUGUACUGUUUGAUAGUUAUGUGGUUUUUGAUGCCGGAGACGAAGGGUCGGACGUUGCAACAGAUUGAAGACAAUUUAAAAGGUGUAGACAGAUCGAGUAAAAAUGGCUGUAACACCAAAACAUCAGCUCCGACCGACAAGUUUUAG